AUGCUUCACAACGGGAACCUCGUCGAUGUCUUUGCAGAUCCACCUGUCGUUCUGACUGUUGUUCGUCUGGUCCUGGAUGAAAUUCUUUUCAUCCAGGACCAGAACCUCAGCAUCCCGGCCGACCCGUGCUUGAGUUCGUUCAGCAAAGCCGCCGCCUUGACCUUCCUCGAAUCUAUGGAGGCAUUUCCAUUACAACCUUUAUUUUCGACCGUCUCCCAGAUCUCUUGCAAUAUGUCUACUAAGAAAAGCAGAAAGGGAAAACGGAAUCGAACACAGCGUUACACAUCCAAUGUGUUCGCUAUGUUCAACCAGGCUCAGAUACAAGAAUUUAAGGAAGCCUUCAAUAUGAUAGAUCAAAAUCACGAUGGCUAUGUAGACAAAGAUGACCUGAUAGAAAUCCAAACAUCAUUGGGCAAGAAUCCGACGGAAGAUGAGGCAGAUUUCAUGAUCAACAUGGCUCCUGGUCCCAUCAACUUCACAAUGUUUCUCACACUUUUUGGAGAGAAGUUAAAUGGAACAGAUCCAGAAGAUGUCAUAAAAAAUGCAUUUGCAUGUUUUGACUUUGAUAAUUCAGGUCACAUAAAUGAAGAUUACCUACGCGAAUGCUUAGUGACCAUGGGUGACAGGUGGUCAGAUGAAAUGGUUGAUGACUUGUUUCAUGGCGCUCCAAUCAGGGGAGGUAAAUUCGAUUAUCUGGAAUUUACAAGAACAUUGAAACAUGGUGCCAAAGAAAAAGAUGAAGAAAAUCCAACGCCACAGCAGCAAAUAUCGACACCAGAAUCCUAG